AUGUCAGAACAAUCUAAAGACAAGUCAGGGGAUGCAAGUAUAGAAAAAAUGUAUGAAAUUUUCAGUAAAUUGCUUGAGCAGCAGCAGCUUAAAGCAGUCCCAGAGACAGUUAAGUAUGCCCUGGAACCAAAUCCAGUGAGGCUGUCAGGUCCUGGCAACUAUGUCAGUUGGGCACGCCAUGCUCAAUUGAUACUGAGUUCCCAUGGCUAUGAGUACCUGCUUGUUGAUGAUGAAGAAAAGCAGAAAAGUGGUGAUACUCACACAAGACAGAUCAAUGAUAGAGUUCUAGUAUGGCUGUUAGGAAGCAUGGAUCCAAUUGUGCGACAACAGGUCAAAAUAAUGUCAUCUGUGUCUGAAGUGUGGACCGCCUUGGAGAACCAAUUCGCUGGGAAAUCAAACAAAAUGCAGGCAACCCGCAUUAUGGAGGAAUUAACUCAUCUAAAUCAGGGCACAAAGUCUGUAACAGAGUACGCUGGUGAAUUGAAACAGUUGUACAGGGACAUGCACUACUAUCAUCCUUUUCAAGCAGUUGACAAGAGAGAUCUAGCCAUUCAUCACAAAUGGUUUGAGACGAUUGUGGGCAAGCUGUUUCUAGAUGGACUAAACCAGGAGCUUAACCUUCGGCGACAACUUAUAUUCUCUCAACCAGAAUGGCCAAGUCUCGAUGAUAUUAUUUCCAGUGUGCUUGAGGAAGAAACUCGGUUGGCUCAACCUAAGGAGGAUGAUCUGAAAUGUGCAGAUGACCGUGUGGCUUUAUCUAUGCAAUAUCGCCGUACUCCCAGGCCCGUUGGCGAAAUAGACAAAAACAAGUUGCUUUCUGAUCAUUGUAAAAGAAAAGGACACACAAAGGAUGGAUGUUUUGAGCUGCAUGGAUAUCCAUCUUGGUGGGAAAAAGGAAAACCUCGGACAGGGGGAGUUCAAUGUGUGAAUAUAAGGCAAGCUAACCACACCACGUCUCUACGGGGCCACCAGUGGUAG